AACAGAACUAAAAACCUCGAGGACUUCCUCGAUCCUCAUAAACUGACCGAACUCAGCACUUCUCGAUAUGGCAACAGAAAUUGCAAAGGCUUCUCCGGCGACCGUCAAUGGCGACGAUGUGGGGGCACUCUACGACGUCGUUCGAGCUCUGCCCAGCCACGCCGUGAUUGAGUUAUUCUCAAUAGGGGUAUGCACCAGAUGCAUUUUGCGGUUGUUUGGGGUCAGAGAGAGCGUGCAUUAUCGGUCUCCUCUAUCACCAUCCACGCUGAGCUCAGUUUUUUCGGAUUCAACCGAUUUGGACAACCACAGUAGUUUAAGAGAGCCGGUGGUUUGUAGGCUUUGUUUAGGAAUCUUGCAGUUUACUUAUUGUGAGGAUAAGGAUAAGAAGGUGGUGAGAAAGGAGAGUGCGGAUGGGUUGGCUGGUUACAUUUCCGACCUGAUUAGGGAACAGGGAUUUGAGAUUGACGGUUUUUCUCUUGAAGUGUCUAUACCACCAGUUAUCCUGGAAAACGAACGCAUUGUUUGGGAUCAUAUGAAAACAAAGUAUGAAUCUGAACAUUGGUUUCAAGAAAGGUCACUGCCUGAAUGCAUUUCUGCAAAAGAUGCUUUGAAAAUUUCUCUUACUGAAACCCUAGAAACAAAGCUGGAUUGCAAAUCAAGCAUAGGCACUUUCCGCAUUCGUUUGACGUACACAUACCCUAUAUCAUCAAAAACAGUUGAGAAUUCUGUUGAGGGGUGCCACGGCAGCAAAAGAAGAAAAACAGGCACACAUAAUGGUUUGGACACAAGAGGUGAUGACAUUAAACGCUCUGGAUUUUCAACAAGUGAAGCUGGGAGUCUGCAAGCUAUUGAAUUGUCGAAAUGUCUGAAGUUACGUCUGGAGCAGACCAAUGAACCUUGCUGUUUGGAGUUCCUCUGUUACCGGACACAAAUAUACUUUGGUGGGAGAUACCUAAAGUACUCGAGAAAUGUAAGUCAAAGCUGUUGGAUUAUUGAUGAUGAAAGAAUGGGAGAAGCAUCUGUUGAGGAAAUAAUGGGUAGCAACAUUCUUCCUAUAUGUCGUGGUGACAAGUACAAAUUUCAUGCUGCGGGCAGAGAAGAUAUUGAUGUUCGGAUGUUGGGUUCCGGAAGGCCUUUCCUGGUUGAGGUACAAAAUGCACGCUAUGUCCCAUCGCAGGAGUCUGUAAAAGAUCUGCAAACAAAGAUAAAUAAUUUACAAAAUAAAUUGGUUGGUGUGAAAAAUCUGAAACUGGUGGGCAGUCAAUCAUGGGAUCUCAUGCGUGAAGGAGAAGCAGAGAAACAGAAGCAAUACACUGCACUUGUGUGGACUUCUCGCAUUCUCAAGGAUGAAGACUUGCAGUCUAUAUCUUCAAUUAAGGACAUGUGUAUUCUGCAAAGGACUCCAAUCAGGGUGCUUCACCGCCGCAGUCCAUUGGAACGUGAAAAGAUUAUACAUUGGAUGAGAAUUGAGAGGAUUGUUGGAAGUUCUCAGUAUUUUCUUCUGCACCUAUGUACCCAGGCUGGAACAUAUAUCAAGGAAUUUGUUCAUGGGGAUCUUGGACGCACCCAACCUAGCUUUGGAUCAAUUCUUGGUACUAGAGCAGAGAUACUGCGACUUGACGUAACGGAUGUUAAAAUGGAUUGUUUUCUCACUGAAUGAGGAAUCGUUCUUAGUGAAAACACUGCUGAAGCUGGAGCUUUAGGACACAUGAAUCAGUGGAACUUUAUGCAGAGGAAAUCAUUCUCGACAUGUUUUUGGUUGACUUCCAUGUAUAACUUAGGCUGAAACAAUUUCUUUUGUUUUUUUUUUUAGCCAGAAACAAUCUUUUAACUAGAUGCAUGGCACAAAGGCAUCACUAAAGCCUAGUGUUUUUGUCAAGGUUUUGGUUAAUGGGCCUGCAGCCCAGGUUUUAGAUAAACUGCCCUGAAGCCCAGGCUUUUAGUUUUGUAGUUAACAGGCAUCUGGCGCAGGUUUUGGUUAACGGUGGACCUCAGACACUGUAUUUUAAUUAACGGGCCUCAGUAACAGUAUUUUGAUAAACGGGCCUUAGGCCCAGCAUUCUGUCAGUAUAUUGAAUAACGGGCUUCGGGCCCAGUAAUUUGGUUAA